UCUGAAUAAAUUCUUCUUGUCCGUAGUGUAGAACAGUCGUCAGUGAUCAUCGCAGGUGUAGCCGCAAUUGCGCGAUUGCAUUGCAACUAUGCUUCGUCAGUCAGCACGGAGAUGCGAAGUGGAAGAGGGCGAGAGAGGCAGAGGUUGGCAGCGUCGUUGAGAGCGCCGUGCUUCUAGUCAAAGCCGGUUUCGGAUCAGUACCAUCGUUUGGAGAGCAGCAACUUGCCGGUGCUCUCUACCUGUAUCAGCAGAGCAUCUGCACUCUUCUAUCUCCUUGGGUUGCCCGCCAUGGCUACUGAAGCUGCUCCCGCCGCUGCGCCAUCUGCAGACAUUACAACCGUUGCGAAAGCAGCGGAUACGAAACCUGUGAAGGAGAAGAAGCCACGAGCUCCGAGCAAAGGCGCCAGGGCCCCUCCAACGCACCCUCCGUACCUCCAAAUGGUUAAGGAGGCGCUUGUCGCUCUGAAGGAGAGAAGUGGAUCUAGUCAGUACGCAAUCGCGAAGUACGUUGAGGCGAAGUACCAGCUGCCACCCACUUUCCGGAAAACUCUCUCAAUUCAGUUGAAGAACUUGGUGAAAGCGGGAAAGUUCCUUAAGAUAAAGAACAGCUUUAAGCUUAGCGACGAGCUAAAGAAGCCGGAGAAGGAGCCGAAGAAGCCGGAGGUGAAAAAGGCGGCAGCUGCUAAGGGUGGGCUGAAGAAGGCAAAGACGGUGUUGAAGAAGACGGUGGGGUCCACGCCCAAGAAGUCCGCAAAGAGAGCGCCAGUGGCGAGUGGAGGAGAUGCUGCUGCGAAGCCGAAGAAGGUGGCGGCGCCGAAGGCAGCGGCGUCGUCGGGUUUGAAGAAGCGCAAGGCGGAUGCAGCCCCAAAGGCGGCGGCUGCAAAGAANGUGUUGGAGCUGCAAUCUCUGUGAAAAAUGGCACUUGGGCAUUCCUGCAGAGUCCGGAGGUAAAUUAGAAC